GCCAAAGUUUAUUUUUUACUCGAAACAUCAACUAUCUUGUUUUUAUGAAUCUUAAAGUCUGACCUCCCUUCAAGCUAAAGCAUAGCUGCUAUCCUCGGCAUUUUAGCUUAAUGGAAAUAUGCAGGGUUCAUCGAAAGUCAUGAUGCAGCCAUGUGACGGCGGGGAAGUCUUCUAUUGCUCAAUAUCUACUAUCCUUUCUAUACUGUACUAUUCUUGUAUAUUCAUUUGUUCUUAGACGCUUGUACGUUUUAAUCUUCUAGCAUUCAUCUAAGCCUUUGUUUGUCUCAUUAUCUAUCUUCUUCUCUCAUGUCUUGGCCAAAUCCAUUUAGACGUCACGACGAGAAUACAAGGCAUACUUGGGGUUACACUUUUCAAUGGACACCCCUUCAUACUACACCGGAAGAAACCAAUCAUCUGAAGUUCUCUUACGAUGAGUUAGCAGACGAAUGUUUACAGCGGCUUGAUGCUAUCUCGCCACCCACAAACAAGGAGCUGCCUCGAAGUCGAAGCAGAAUACCGGCAAAAGAAGGCUCUGAGCCAGCUCCAAAGAGAGAUCUAUAUGAAUUAUUACGAGACCAUCAUUCAGUAGAUGAGAAACUUGGACAGCUAUGGAAAGAAGUCAACACCAUCCCGGAAUGGGUUGACUGGGACCAAAUAGCACGCGGUCAAGACGUCUUCUACAGAUACGCAGGAGUGGCUCUUACUGCUCUAGCCUACCAAUCCCUCCUCGGCGGCAUGGGAGCCUCGCGCAUAACCGAAGUGCUCGCCCGAACAGGCGGCUUCAGUCCCCAAGUCGCCAAACACCGCCUCUACGAAACAACCCAACACAUCCUCCAAGUAACCUCCUCUCUCUCCUCCAUCCAACCCCUAGGAGCAGGCUUCGCAUCCUCGCUCCGCGUCCGCCUGCUGCACGCUUCCGUCCGGCGCCGGAUCUUGUCUCUCGCCACCCAGAAACCAUCCUAUUACUCCGUUCCCGAGUACGGGAUCCCGAUCAAUGACCUCGAUUGUGUGGGAACUAUUGCUACUUUCUCUUCCACUUUGAUCUGGAUCGGCUUCCCGCGCCAAGGAAUCUUCCUCCGGGCCCAGGAGAUUGAAGAUUACAUCGCGCUCUGGCGGCUCGUAGCUCAUUACAUGGGAACUCCUACCUCCUGGUUUUCAUCUCCCGCUCAAGCGAGAGCGAUCAUGGAAUCACUCAUGAUAGAAGAGAUCAGACCAUCACCCACCAGCAGGAUCCUAGCUAAUAACAUCAUCGUAAGCUUACAGAACCAACCGCCGGCCUACGCUUCUCGAGAUUUUCUAGUUGCGAGCGCACGGUGGCUGAAUGGUGGUGAGUUGGCGGAUGAGUUGGGGCUGGUGAGGACGGGGUGGUAUUAUAAGGCGUUGGUGGCGGGGCAGUGUUUGUUCUUUAUGGGGUUGUGUUAUUUGUAUCGUUCGGUGGAUUAUCUUGAUCGGAAGAAGAUAUCUGCCCUCCGUAAAAUCCUUUACCAGAUCAUAGUGCACAACAAAGACCACGGCCUGGGCUCCGAAACGGUAUUCGAGUUUAAAUACAUCCCGUCGCUCGAUAUGACGGCCACGGAAGCAGGGGAGUACGUUCCUGGCGUUCAGGGGAAGAGGGGUGUGGAGAGGAGGAACUUUAGGAUGCUUGUUUUUGCUUGUGCGGGGGUGGGGGUUUUGGGGCAACUAGAGGCUUGAGAAUUGGCUCAUUAAGCUAGUGAAAUCGUUUUGUUGCACCUCGUAACUUUACCUCAUUGACAGGUAAGGCUACUAGCAGGUACAAAGCUCUAGUUGAG